GGAAAAACUCCAGUAACUACGGGAAUAGCGAUUCUUCUUCGUCGUCGGAGAAUGGAGAAGUCGAUGGAGGAGGGGCCUUCGUCCCCGACUUCGCUGGUGGUGAGUAGCCCUAGGAGGACGAUGAGCCUCCUACGGGAGAGGAGGGCGAGGGUCGCCUCCUCCUCUGCCUCGACCUCCGCCGCCAUUGCCGAGCUCCAGGAGAAGGGGCUAGAGGAGACGAAGAUGAGGGGUGCCGCGUUCGCCGCUGAGCAUGGGCCGAAGCCCUCCGAGGUCUACGGCUUCGUCGGCUCCAUCACCACCGUGAUCGCCACCGUGAUCUUCUUGGUGUGGGCGUAUAUACCCGAGCGGUGGUUGCAUUCCUUAGGAAUCACUUAUUAUCCUAGCAAGUAUUGGGCGUUGGCAGUUCCAUCCUUCGUUAUUGUAGCAGUCGUUUUAGGGCUGAUCUUUUAUUUGGGCUUAAACUUUAUGCUGACGCCGCCUCCAAAUUCCUUCAACACAAUGUUUGAUGAUUACAGCCGCGAACGCUCAAUGGUCAUGCUCGCAGAAGGAUUGGAGAAACCUAUCGAGCCCAUUUCCGACAUCGGCAUUGAUCAGAUAAACAAUCGCAUGUUUGGAUAGCACAAUAGCUCGCAAAGGCUUAGGAAACUCUUAAGAGUUGUCUUCAGUUUGUUUGCCUUAAAUGAUCGUUUUAAUUUUAUUCAAUUAUUAUUGCUUUUCAGCCUCAUCUGUUGUUGUCUUUAGGAACUAAAAUUGCUGCACAAAUGCAUGAAUAGAUUUUGAGUAAAUUGCAUUAGACAUCCUUCGACUGUACACAGAAUUGUAGUUUCUUCUCUAAAUUUCAAUUUAUCAUGAUUAACUGUUUGAAUUUUUCCA